AUGUAUAUCCAAUUCUCCAAUCAUAAUUUCUUAUUAAUGUUGUUAUCUAUUUUCUUACUCUUGAACUUCAUUAUUCCAAAAGGAUCCUCUUUGUCCUUUAAUUUCACUAGUUUUGAUCCUAACGACAAGACCAUAAUCUAUAAUGGAUCAGCAAUUCCAGCAUCAUCAACUAUUCAACUUACAAUAAACCAACAAGGCAAGCAAAUGAAUAGAAGUAUUGGUAGCCACGCAUUUUCAACCAAUUUUCCUAUGGAACAAAACCACAAAGAAUCUCACAGAUUUCACAUCUCAUUUCACUUUUACAAUAGAUUCACAGAAAAGGCCAGAUUAUGGAGAUGGAAUUGCAUUCUUUCUUGUCCCUUAGGUCCAUUUGUUGCUGUGGAGUUUGAUAUCUUUACGAAUGAAUGGGAUCCACAUCCAGCACAUGAACAUGCUGGAAUCGACAUCCACUCGGUGAAAUCUGUUGCUAAUUCGACAUGGCUGGCUGAUAUAAAAAAUGGUGGACUUAAUGAGGAUUGGAUCAAUUACAAUGCUAGUUCACUAAAUCUAAACUUUAUCUGCUGGAAUUUGUUACUAUUGAUUUCUCAGCUUCCAUGGGAAGUUCAUAGUAUAUCUUCAUGGGAUUUUAGCUCAACUUUAGAACCAGAACAAGGUAACAACAAAACAAUCACUGCUCCUAGUUCUAAGAAGAAGAAGGCCAAGACUGGACUAGCAGUUGGAUUGGGAAUCGGUAGAGUUGUUUUGAUUUAUGAGCAUAAACUUGGACACGGAGGAUUUGGAGGUGUUUAUAGAGGUUUUCUUAAAGACACAAAAUCUUAUGUUGCUAUUAAGAGGGUGUCAGAAGAUUCUCAUCAAGGAAUAAAGGAGUUUGCAUCAGAAGUAACAAUUAUUAGCAAAUUAAGGCAUAGGAAUCUAGUGCAGUUGAUUGGUUGGUGUCAUGAAAGGAAGAAAUUAUUGCUUGUAUAUGAGUACAUGCCAAAUGGUAGUUUAGACAUUCAUCUUUUCAAAAAACAAAGCUUUUUGAAAUGGGCUGUCAGAUAUACAAUAGCUAAAGGCUUGGCUUCUGCAUUGCUAUAUCUGCAUGAAGAAUGGGAACAAUGUGUUAUACAUAGAGACAUAAAAGCAAGCAACAUAAUGCUUGAUUCAGAGUUUAAUGCAAAACUUGGAGAUUUUGGUUUAGCAAGGUUUGUGGAUCAUGGAAAAGGUGCACAAACAACAGCUUUAGCAGGGACUAUGGGAUACUUAGCUCCUGAAUGUGCUACCAUUGGAAGGGCAAGUAAAGAAACAGAUGUGUAUAGUUUUGGAAUUGUUGCUUUAGAGAUAGCGUGUGGAAGAAGACCAGUUAAUAUUAAGGCUCAAGAAAAUGAAGUACAUAUUGUUGAGUGGGUUUGGGGGCUAUACGGAAGAGGGAGAAUUCUUGAAGCAGUGGAUCCAAGACUAAGUGGAGAUUUUGAUGAGGAACAGAUUAAGUGCUUGAUGAUUGUUGGUCUUUGGUGUGCUCACCCUGAUCCUAAUAAUAGGACUUCAAUGAGACAAGCUAUUCAAGUGCUUAAUUUUGAAGCUUCACUGCCUAAUCUUCCAUCAAGUAUGCCUGUACCAACAUAUGCUGAAGGCCCUUUUAAUUCAUUCACAGCUCCAUUUAGCAUAAGUGGUUCAGAGGAAGGUCAAAGCAAGAAUAUAAUAAGUUUUAGUUCAAACACAAACUCAACUACAUCUGAUGUUUCUCCUUCCGUGUCGCUUCUGUAUUCUAGAUGA